AGCUGUCUGAUCAUCGAUCAUAUCAGUGUACCACGGUGUUCCGCGCUCUUGAAGUUCCACCUAGAUUGUCAGCCGAAGCAAACAGACGGUGUGACCACUACCUGAACUGAGUGUUGUCGCGGCAUCCCAAUGCUGCGUUAAUAUUUGAAUGAACGUUAGCUGACACUGUCAGGUCAAUAUCAGAGAGCUGUCCGGAUUUGGACUUUAGAGAAGCCCGAGCGCAGCUGCAUCCCGGUUUCGGACGCGCGUGAGGAAUGUCGCGUACAUGAAGUUAUGGAUUGCAAAAAGACUCUGAUUACUUUCAGAAACCAUUUUGUGGAAAUUUGAUAGGAGAAUUCUUAAUUUUAAUUUUAAUUUUUAAGUAUUUUUUCCCUCAGAACUGGUUUGUCUGUAUUGGAAACGCGCUCGGGGAAUUUGUUUUUAUCCUGAACCUGUCAUUUCAGUGCCAAUAAUGUUCCAGCACAAAAAGUGUUUUACGAUUGAAUCUCUGGUCGGAAAAGACUCCAACUCCUCCAGCGCUGGAGAUGAACCGAUUCGGCCCACGGCUCUGCGCUACACCGAAUCUGUGCAUCCGGCUCCGUUCGGCAGCUGCUUUCAGAACUCGGCCCGGACGUUGUACGGGAGCGUGAACGCGGACAUGAUGUUCCCGGAUCCGGGAUCCCACUCGGCCAACUCUGCGCUCGCGCUGCGGCACCUGCCCAUUCCCACUCAGCCUUUCUUCAGCCCACACCAGCGGGACAGCCUGCACUUCUACCCCUGGGUGCUCAGAAACCGAUACCUUGGACACCGCUUCCAAGGUGAAGACAGCAGCCCGGAAAACCUGCUGCUCCAUGGACCAUUUUCGCGCAAGCCCAAGCGCAUUCGCACGGCCUUCUCCCCCUCGCAGCUGCUGCGACUGGAACGUGCUUUCGAGAAGAAUCACUACGUUGUGGGUGCUGAGCGCAAGCAGCUGGCCAAUGGCCUCUGCCUUACUGAGACCCAGGUUAAGGUGUGGUUUCAGAAUCGGAGAACCAAGCACAAGAGGCAGAAAAUGGAAGAGGAAUCGCCCGAUCUGCAGCAGAAGAGAAAAGGAAACCAGCAUGUCAAUCGCUGGAGAGUAGCUACUCAGCAGGGCAGCCCGGACGACAUAGAUGUCAUCUCUGAGGACUAACAUUAUGAAUACACGCAUACUAACUCUCUUCAGCUCAGUCCUAAUUAGUGGGGAAAAAAAAAACAGAAAAGAAAUAAUAAACAAACUAAGCUAAUACCAUUCGAGUUCCAGACCUAGUCAUGAAUCGACUUGGCAGUUAAAACUAAGGAACGGAAAUCUGUGCUGUCAGCUGAAAAAUUAUGUGUGAGCGGGCGCAGCGAGGAUGCCUCAGCUCGAACUGCUCCAAAAGAUUUGAUUCCAAGACUUCUCGUAUGCAAUACAAACAGACCUCUACAGUUUGGGACUCUAUCAAAGAGCAUUAAAGAGCGUCUAGUUUUUCACUCCCCUCUCUACUGUCCACUUGAACAUUUCCAUCUCAAUGUAUUAUGUUUGUUCUGGUUGAAAAAACAUUCUAAUGUAUGGAUUGUUUGUUCUGUACUGUUGAAUUGUCAAAUUUGUUCAACCGCAUAGUUGAAUUCUCUGCCGAAGUUGAACUCAGAUUGCCUUAGAUGUACCUUGAGAUAUUUUGUGGAUUUCUGUGUUAUGCAAUGUUUAAAAAAAACAUUUCAAAAAAUAGUUUUUUACCCUCAGCAAUGAGCAGCAGGUUUUUAAUGAACAUAUGGCGUUGACGCAGAUCUGACAGAUUUCACAGUCUUCUGUUAAGUGCAUUAGGGCAGUUGAACACUUAAAAUAUUUUAUUUGUUCAGAAUGAGCAAACUUUUCUAUGCAUUUGAGUGCCAAGUUUCAGUGACAUCAGGGUUGAAGCAAGAAACCUAAUUUGUUGUUAAAUGUCUUACUAUGUAAAAUACUUUCAGGAUUUAAAAUUUUUCUUUUUUUUUUGCGUUUUAUUUUGCUUUUCAUUUUGACACAAAUUUAAAACUUAAAAAUCAACAAAAGGCUAUAAAUUACUAAUUGAGAAAAAUUAUUUACUUCAUGCUGAAAAUGAGAACAUUUGUAGUGUGUCAUUAAGGUCCAGAAACAGUUUGUAGCACUUCAUGACAGAAUUUUUGGUUUAAUGAGGACAAGAGAUUGCACUGUAGCCCUACCAGUUCAUUUUUAUCUGUUGUCUUGAAAUUCUUGUUUUGUACUUGUUUCCUGUUUCCUGCGGUUGAUUAGAUAAUAAAAAAACAUUGUUCUGA